AUGGAUAACUACAAUAAUCCUCAAGCUCCCUUUUGGGAGUUCCUCCAGGCUUUCGACCCCAGCGGAUCUCACCGGGCCGGCGCUGGAGUCGAUCACUUUAACGGCGGGGCUUCCAACCGGGGAGCUCCCGCCGGCGGAGCUCCCAAUGGCGACCCCCAAGCACCUUCAGGGUCUCCAUUUGAUCCCGCGCACUUCGACCCAUGGGGAGGACAAUGGGCAGGACAAUGGGGAGGUGGUCCUUGGGGCGGUCCCUGGGCCGGGCCAUGGGGCCGUCGUGGUGGACGGCACAGCCGUUUCGGCGGCCCUCGUCAUCAUCGAGAGGGUCACGACUCUGACAGUGAGGAUCCCCCAGAGGAGACACCGUCCGAGACCGUGAGAGAAACGUCCGAGGCUGGCGUGCAUCAGCCCCCGCCGCCUCCAUCUCCAGGGGCUUUCCCUCAUCCACCACCACCUCCUCCGGGAUCUCAAGAGCCCGGUCACCCUCACCAUCACCCUCACCAUCACCAUGGUCCACCGCCCCCAUUUGGCCCGGGCGCUCACCGACGGUGGGGUGGCCGCUGUGGACGUGGUGGAAGGGGUGGACGCGGGGGUCGACACGGACCACCGCCCUCAGCAUAUGAGGGUCCCUUCGACUUCCGCCCUCUGAUGCAAGCUUUUUCCAGUCACCCCUUUGCCCAGACUCUCCGGAACCUUACCGAUCAGACUCGCGCUGGUCCCUCAGAAGAGCAGAUCAAUCAACAGGAAGACACGUUUGUCCCACCGGUCGACGUUUUCAACACCGAGAAAGCGUACAUCCUUCACGUAUCCCUUCCGGGUGCUGCAAAGGAAGACAUUGGUGUCAAUUGGGACGGAGAGAAGGUCAACAUCGCCGGUGUUGUGUACCGCCCUGGCGAUGAAGAAUUCCUCAAGUCUCUCGCAUCGAGCGAGAGAAAGAUCGGCAUGUUCGAGAAGAGCAUCAAACUGCCACCUCCCGGGGUCGAUGAGAAGGAGGAUGUUGAUGGCUUCAGCAUCACUGCCAAGAUGGACAACGGUAUCUUGGUCGUGACCGUUCCGAAGACCGAGAAGGAGUGGACCGAGAUCCACAAGAUCGAUGUCGAGUAA